AUGGCUACCUCCGACUCUAAACUCACAUCGCUAUUACCGACUACACCCUACACUCUCGCUUAUACACUCCCUUUGCUGCUGCUCUCGAUACUUCUGAUCUUCUCUGGCACCUUUCUGACCCUGGAUCGCACCCGUUCAUUCCCACCGAAACAAGAAACCGAGUAUUCAGCCGUCCCAGGCCUUUUCGAGCUCAAACCGAGGAAACGACGGUUUAAAUGGUAUCUGGAGGGUGGAAUUGGAGGAAUUGCAAUUGGCUAUACCUUUGGAGUACACCUCGCGACCCUCCUUUCGCUCCUGAUCCCAGCGAGGACUCCAUCCGCCUCCCUAUCGCCCAACGCCUUUCUCGCAGUAUGGAUUCUCUCAUGUCUACCAACAACUUUCCUUGCAGCCCGGUACAGACUCACAGCACUUCUGUUCGCUGGAUUGGAGGGCGGCGCCCUCAUCUCCCUCGGCAUCUCCGUCAUUCUGCACCCAUCUCGCCUACCCAGGCUCAUCCUUCUUGGUGUCUUCACAUGUCUACUCACUGUGCUUGUACUUGUCUCAGCCUUCAUCCCCCGACUUACCGCCAGUCUCCUCCAUCCGGUUUUGCGAACAUGUACAUCAGCGAGCGGAGCAUUCGGAUUGGUCGUCUCGAUCGCGUUGCUCUUGACGCCUCGAGUGGACGGCUGGGCCAACGUUUGGGAAAGGUUAUGGGUUCACAAUGGGGAAGAAUGGGGGUCGGGCAAGGAACAAGGCCUCAGUGCUGCUUGGGGUAUCUUCUGGAUUGUGGGUAUAGGCGCUGAUUGGGCAAUGAGGAGGUAUUUCGGCGAGUGUCCUGACGAGAAGUGGGAUGAAUACCUGCAGAAAUACGUCGCCGAUCUACCAAACCAGAAGGACCGAGCGGGGACUUUCCAACCACUCACCAGCUUCUGGGAUAGGCUCAUCAGCGCUCCUCAGAAGGACUACGACCUCUUCAACGCCAAGAAAGCACUGCACGACGAUAUCAUCUUCCCUUCGGACAAGGACAUGAAGGGCCCGUUCAACAUCCAGCCCUUCACCGCACCACCGCCUCUAAACCGACAAUCAUCCAUUGCCAAGCUCAAGCGAGGGGAUGCAGGUUUAGGCGACUCGGACGUCGACGAUGUCCCUACUUCACCUACGUUCCUCAAGAAAUCACGCUCCCAGAAAUCCAAGUCCAAGACUCCCAAAUCGACACGAGGUCGAAAACCUAUCAAGUUCGGUGCCAUCGACGAGCUCAGUUCUGAUUCAGACGAUUCAGAUGUCGAGGCACAGAUCAAGAACACAAAGGUUCAGCGACCGUGGAUUAUCACGAACCAGCAGCCUUCAUAUUCUUCGUCCACGCCUACGCUGGUCGGUGGUGGCGCGAAAGGAUCGCGCUCGAAUUCGGAGCAUGAUCACGCAGAUACCGAUGCUCAGAUUGCGGAUGUGGACCUGGAGAAGGUGGAUUACGAUAAGGAGUUGGCCGAGUUGAAGAAGCUUCGUGGAGGGGAUGUGAAUGACCUUGAUUAUUCUGAUAGGGAGGAUGGAGAUUUGGGAAUGCAGAGGAUUGAGGAGCGAGGGUCGUCCUCCCGGCCUGGAACGCCGACUCGCGAUAGCCAGUGGAGUCCGGCUUUCUUGAAGCGACAUAGUGCAAGUCUGUCCCCUCCAGCCCCGCUACCGGGCGCCAUCCCAAUCCCUGCGACGCCGUCGUUGAUCAAAGCCGUGGAUCGGAUACAGAAAGCUCAGAUGGAGAUUUAUAGUCCGUUGAGCUCCCAGGCGCGGGAUGGGUUCCCUGCACCCGCGCGUGUGGUUGAUGAUCUGCGGUUAGAGGAUGGGUUGAAGGUGGAUGAUGCGGACGGUGUCGAGUUGCAGAGUCGACCCACACGAGCACGGAGAUGGGAGGAGUUUUGGAGGGAGGUCAGGGUGAAAGCUAAGGAUGAUCCGGGUGCUACCCAUGGGCAGCUAUAG